CGAGUUCAGUUGACGCCGUCACCAAGAAUUGCGUGCGACUGAGGUUCAGAUUGCUCUUUCCAAGAAUCAUCACCAUUCAGCGUUUUAGUACACAGUCGUCAAGCUCUUGCCAUUUCUUCACAGUAUAAAGACUUUACCAUCUUAUCAUCACAAUGUCUGGAAAGUUUGAGCCCAAGGUUCCUGUUCAGUUGAACCCUCCUAAGGACGACCCUAUUUCCGUUGAGGAGUUGGCCAAGGCGAACGGUGCUGAUGGUGGAAAGUGUUACGUCGCCAUCAAGGGCAUCGUCUACGACGUAACGGGCAACAAAGCGUACCAGCCUGGAGGCUCUUAUCACGUAUUCGCUGGCAAGGACGCCUCGCGCGCUCUCGGCAAGACUUCGACCAAGGCCGAGGAUGUCAGGCCAGACUGGCAAGAUCUUGAUGACAAGGACAAGUCGACGCUUAACGACUGGAUCACCUUCUUCUCCAAGCGCUACAACGUAGUGGGCAAGGUCGAGGGCGCAACUAACAUGGAGUAAGGACUACGUCUGAAUAAUUAAUACAUGUUUCGGUUUUGCUCAAGUCAUCCUUUUCU